AUGGAGGUGGAGGCGGCCGUGAAGCUUCUCUCUAACAUUCUCACUAUGAGAGGCGUGGCUUGCAGUACGAAAAAGGUUAAAUCAUUGGUAACUUGGGCCCAGAAGGAGGGCUUUCUGAAAGAGACCCCCCAAAAUUUUAGCCCGGAGGAGUGGCAACUCAUAGGAGACCGUUUAUGGCAGACAUCUACCAAGAAGGGGAAGUUUGAUACGGAUUUAUGUAAAACCUGGCGUUUGGUGAUUGAUGCCCUAAACGGUCUGAAGGCCGACCGCCAGGUUGUCAUGGCAGCGACGCAGGCUUUGUCAGCGCAGUCUGGGGCCCCUAAAACAUCAAGUACGGAAUCCGACACCUCGUUAUCACAACUGUUUCCGGUGGAUCCUAUGCUGACCCCGGUUCGAGGCAUGACCUCUUCAAUAAAGGAUUUGGCUGCAGCUAUUGCUAAGGGACUGUCCGAGCCCGGUGCGGAUGCGGCCUCUGACCUGCCCUCUUCACCUCCUGCGCCGGAAAAGCUCGAUGCGAGGCCCCCGGCAUCCGCGCCGCCGCCAGGGGACCAUAAAUCCACCCAGGGUGUCUCUCCCCCGCUAUCGGUCACCCCGGCUUCAUCAACACCGAUGUCAACCAGGUGGUCGGGUAUCAUACGUGAUGCCAUCCUCGACGGAGAUUUGCACGCCUCCUCCUCCUUGGCAUGUCCAGUUAUUGUCGACUCUGGACAAGGCACCGGGUCAUGGAUGCCACAUGAUUGGAAGCUUCUACAACAAGCCAGGAAAACAGUAACAGAUUAUGGAUUACAUUCUCAAGCAGCACAACAGAUAAUUCAUUGGAUCUUCCAGGCAGAUCUGAUGUGUCCCUUCGACUGCCAAAACAUAGCACGCCUGUUGUUAACUCCCUCUCAACUGUUAAUUUUUGAAAGAGAAUGGCUACAGUUGGCACAAAUUGAAGCGAGUCGUCCGCGUCAGACGGGAGACCCCCUAUAUGGCACCACAGUUGAAAUGCUAACAGGAACAGGCCCGUACUUUGAUCCUCAGCUUCAGUUGCAAUUCCCAGAGAUUGUUCAUCGGACAGCUGCACAGCUUGCCCUACGAGCUCUUUUUGCCCUCCCUGGGGAAAAGAAAGCUCCUCCAUUUGCUUCGGUUCACCAGGCCCAGGGUGAAUCUUAUGCCAAGUUCAUCGACCGAUUAUGGACAGCAGUCAUGGAUCAUCCUGACCUGUCAUCAGACAUGAAACGGAGCGUGCUUAAAAUGCUUGCCUUUGACAACGCGAACACAAAAACCCAAAGCAUCCUAGCUACGCUACCAAAAAAUGCUCCCAUUGAAGAGAUGUUGGAGAGGGUAGAGCGUGUUGAUCAGUCCAAGCAAGCAGCUGUGAUGGCUCAAGCUGUUGCAUCGGCCCUUGGUGAUCCUUUGGCUGCCAUCGUGUCCCGAUCCAAUGGUAGUCCCUCGAGAUGCAACUCCCAAGAGCAGUGGCGGUGUUAUCGAUGCGGGAGGCUCGGCCAUCUCAGAAGACAGUGUACAGCUACCCCCUGGUGCGACCUAUGUCGUUCUAAUACACAUGCUACAUCGGUGUGCAGAUAUCAGGGAAACUCCAAGAGGAGCGCGAUCGGCCGCGCGACGACAACAGUAGCCGCAGCACAGUCAGACGGGGCGGAUUUCUUGACAGCAGUGCCCCUGCCACCAGAGGAAGCCUCGGGGUGGACCUGGCAACAGCAGUAA